CAAAAUCAUGGGAAAGAUAAUAUUCUAUGAGGACAGAAACUUCCAGGGUCGUAACUAUGAGACUAGCGGUGACUGUCCUGAGGUGACCUCAUACCUGAGCCGCUGCUGCUCAUGUAGGGUGGAAAGCGGCUGCUUUAUGCUCUAUGAGCUCACCAACUACAUGGGUUACCAAAUGCUGGUAAGAAGAGGAGACUAUCCUGAUAACCAGUGGAUCAUGGGAGCAAGCAACAGUGACUGCAUCAGAUCUUGCAGAAUGAUCCCUAUGCAUAAAGGAACGUUCAGAAUGAGAAUCUUUGAAGGAGAGAACUUUGUCGGACACAAGUACGAGCUGAUGGAUGACUGUGAAUCAGUCCAGGAACGUUUUUACAUGGCCGAUUGCCAGUCCUGCAAUGUCACACAUGGCCACUGGCUUCUGUAUGAACAGCCCAAUUUCGAAGGCAGAAUGAUAUACAUCAGGCCAGGGGAGUACAGCAGCUUUAAUAAUAUGGGUCUAGGCCCAGUGAAAAUUCGUUCCAUCAGACGCAUCAUGGAGUCCUGUUAGAAGAAAUUACACUUGCUAAGAACGAAAACACAUUUCUAUAUAGUUUCCCAACAAGAAAUGUUGUGACAUUUAACUCGCGAAUGUGCCAAGGAUCUACAGUAUAUUGUCAAUUUCUCCACAUAUGUUUGAACAAAA